AUGGAUAUUCCAAAGAAAAAAAGACGAACUGGAGAGGUUGACUUUAAGAAAUGUAUAAUCUGUCAAAAGGAGACAACUGAAGCACUAGUGCAAAACAUUAGCAUCGAUGAAAACAUCUUAUUCUACGUGUUCUCUCGAGGGAAAUAUGGUGAAAGUGAGUUUGCGGAGGCAAGUAAGCUUUUAGAAGGUGUGUCAGAAGAAGAUCUUAAACAGAGUAGUACCAGCUUUCAUGCCAGUUGCCGGAAAAGCACUGUAAGUUCUGAGAAACUCAAAAGGGCCCAGGCAAGGUUUGAAAAAGCAGUUUCUUCAAACGACGUCGCUGUGCUCUCUCGAGCUGCGGGACGGCCUUCACUCGAGUCAAAAUCAUGCCGUCCAAUUGAGCUGGGCAAAACUCCUAUUGUACCACAACGUUUAUCUAUUGUCUACUGCAGCAUAUAAUAAGGAGCUGCGCUUAUUUUGUCAAACACACGACGAAAAACUUUCAAAGUAGAGGAAAACAGCUUCAUGAAAUUGUUCAAAACUGUGAUAAUGACUUAUACAAAGUGUACCUAAGCAACGUAAUUAAGCCAGGUGAUGCCUUGUCCAUUGAUGUUCAGUACCACCGUACUUGUUGGACAAAACAUGUAGUUCGCAGAACCUGAGCGUACUGUCCAGCAGGAAAAUAAGAUUGCUGCAAACAUAGAGUUGCUAAAUUUUAUGAGAAGCUUGCUUGAGAAGGGAACAAUACGCUCUCUCUCGAUGAAUCAUACAAGACGUAGUGGGAUAUUUUGAAGUAUCAUCUUUGUGAAGCUUCUCCUUCUCGAAAGCAUUUGAGAGAACUUAUGAUCGCCAGUAUUGAUGGCAUUGAAUUUGCUCAUGCAUUUCGACGCAACGAGCCAGAUCGAUUUUAUUUGACCGCAGCAAAAAUUGCUGUUAUAGAUUCCGCAAUUGAAAACUGCUCAGACAGUGACUUAAAGACAAUUUCUCACUGCGCUAAGAUUAUUCGCCAAGAAAUAUUAAAAGCAAAGAACUGGCAAUUUGAUGGGAAACUGGACACAGACACGAGAACGAUGAUCUCUACGAAGCUUUUUACCCUUCUUCAGUGGAUUCUUUCGGGUGUUACGACUGAACUUCAAAGAGAAACGCGUUGGUGAAGUCAGCAAAAAAGCCACCCUUAUUUUGCAACAAAUCAUGUUUGAAGUGAAAACAGAUCGACAGGGAAGGCAUAUACCCAAAUCUGAUGAGACAGAGAAGCCGUUCCGACAUCAGCGUGAAUGUGCAUCGCAAGUUGGAGUAGGUGUAUUAGCCCAUCAACAGUUUCAAAGCAGAUCUUCGACUGACCUACUACACAAACUUGGUGUGUCUGUUGACUAUACACGCAUAUUACGCAUUGAGACUCAGCUCGCUGAAGCCAGACAUUCAGCUGAUCGUGGCAUCUAUGUUCCCCCAGCGUUAGCAAGAGGCCAAUUCAUCUAUUUUGCUGUUGACAACUCCGAUUUUUCUGAGGACACUCCCGAGGGUAAAAACACUCUGCAUGCUACAGCUAUGGCCGUCUUCCAAAGGAAAACAGACUACUCGCCUGAAAUUACUUUAGAUCUUAGCAAGAACGCUAAAUCCAAAUCUCUACCAUCGAGCUCCAUACUUGCGACCGAACUUUUACCAUGCUAUGUUCCCGCUAACACUCAGCCAAGGUGCCCAAGGUAUUGCCGAUUAGAAACAAGCUCAACUCCAGACAUCACAAAUGGUGCAGUACAAGAUGAUUUGGUAUGGUCAGUGGCGCAAUCACUUGCACGAUCACGCUCUGAAAAUCCGAUGAUCCCAACGUGGCCGGCGUAUAAUUCUAAAAUCAGUUCAUCAACGCUACCGCUCACCACCGUUGCCAUGAUGCCUCUAUUAGCGGCACCCGCACACGGGUGGAGUACCAUCAUGACAGUGCUUAAGCAAGCUCAGAAUAUUACAACUGUGGUAUUGCGUGAAAGUCACAAGGCAGUGAUAACCUUUGAUCUUCAGCUUUAUGAGAAGGCCGUCAGGCUGCAACUACUUACCGCACCAGCGCUAGAUCACUUUGUUCUCCGGCUAGGCGAACUGCACACAGUAAUGGCAGCCUUACGUGUUCUUGGAACAUCCAUUGAGGACAGUGGUUUCGAUGAUGCUUGGGUAGAAGCUGAGAUAUAUGGGUCACUACGAAACACCAAAUUCUUGAUUGCAAUCACAUGAAGCGCGUCUUAACUGCACACAGUAUGACAUACUCGGUGCUCUCUGACUUGCAUGUUGAAGCAUUCCUGAGGACAGAGAAGGACGAGAGUGAUACUGACUAUCCAAACGUGUGUCUCGCCGCUUCCUCGAUGAAUGCUUCCUGCCACUAGGGGCCACGUCAAUACAGUGAUCUUGGAGUGUACCAUGAGAAGAUCCUGAGAGAAGAGGAAACAGAGGCAUUCAAAAUUAAGCUAGAUAAGUUUGACCAAGAGAUGAAGGCCCAACAUCCUAUGUUCAAGUUUGCCAACGACUACAUGAAGUUUGUACCUUGUAUACGCAUGUUCCUUCGUGCCACUAGAGAAGGCAACUGGAAACCUCAUUUGGAAUCACUUAAGUCCUUGUGCAAGUAUUUCUUUGCGCAUGAUCGACUUAACUAUUCCCGAACGGUACCGCUCUACCUUGCACAGAUGGAGCAACUUGAAUUAAGUGAUCCGGACUUGCAUGAAGAAUUCAUGAAGGGGAACUUCUGUGUCAACAAAAACGACAUUCCAUUUUGUGCAAUAGUACCGGACCAUGCAAUUGAGCACGAGAAAAAAACAAUGAAGAUCCAAGGUGGCUUCAAGGGUUUGACUCAACAACCAACAGCUUUGGCAAGAUAGUUUCUUAUUGUGCCAGAACUGAGUCGAUCAGCUGCAGAAGCAGAAACCUUGGAGGGCAUACAGACGCUCAGCUCGACACAUCACCACGAUCUAUCAAUGGCUGUGAUUUCUCGUUUUGAUGAAAAUGUAAAAAAGCUAUAAGAAGUAUUCAGAGCAAAUAAUCCAUUUGCUGGCGAAGAUACGGAACUGGUCAAUAUUGUCACCAAGGCUGUCAUGCCAGACCAGGUGAAAGAUGUAGUUGUCACACGUGAUAAAGUUGGCUAAGAACUCUUUUCAAAGUUUGUGAAAGAAAGGAUCGUAGAGCGUGAACUUAGCGUUCGGAGUCCAGUGAAAAAAGUUAACCUGCAGACAUGAAAAACAGCAAGGUCAACUAAGAAAAGCAACACAACAGCAGAGGUUGCUGCUCUGAGAGAUGACAGGGCUCUUUUCGCCCGUUUCCUCGAUGUUGUUCUUUCAAGACCUAAGAUUGACCUCAAGGAAAUCAUUAGUGAAUUCGAGUUGUCUACAUUUCCAAGAGGGCUGUUCAGUUCGGAUGGUAACCUUCGCCACUGCAUUGGCAAGAGCAAGUUAAUGAGUAUCUUGGAGAAUUUGCUUCCUCACAAAUCUUCCGACAGAGACGAACACCAAUCUCGACGUUUAGGAAGCGUUAUCGUUAUUGAUGAAAUGGCAGUCAUUUAAUCGAUGGGGAAGCCAACGUGGGUUCGCACUGGUCGAAAUCUUGCGUGUCAUUUCCUUGAGAUCAUUGACAGAAAGUCUCUCGAAUGUGACGAAGUCCAUGCUAUUUUUGAUCGCUAUGACUUUCCAAACUCCCUCAAGGAAGGAACUCGACAGUUUCGUCAAGGUUGCAACAGUCCAAUGACGUACAAAUGACCAAUGAUGGUGUCAUCGAAAAGAUCACGCUCAAGCAGCUGGUAAGCAGUAAUGUCAACAAGGAGUCUUUGUGUAUCUAUUUUGCAUCUCACAUCCUUGAGUGUAAGAAAGACUCCCUGAAGACCAAUGUGGUAACCCUGAAGCAUGAAUGUAAGUCCAACAAGCUAUCAGUUGAACACCUCACCAGUACCCAAGAGGAAGCAGACACUUGCAUGCUUCUACAUGCCAUCGAUACCACAGAGAAAGGAGCAACAUCCCUCAGUAUCCACAGCUCCGACACAGAUGUAUUGGUGCUGGCGCUUUGGAAGUUUGCAAGCCUAUGCGAUGAAAUAUCAGUGGUUGUUGGCACUGGUGACAAGCGUCAGUCAAUUCCACUGCGUCCUCCAUACUACUCGCUUGGAGGUCAACUUGUGGCAGCAUUGCCAGGAUUCCACGCAUUCACUGGAUGUGAUCAAACGGGUACCGUGGAAAGUCGUAAGUCUCGUGCUGGAAUACUUUAA